AGGGCGCACCAUGCCGGGCUGGAAGAAGAACAUCCCCAUCUGUUUGCAAGCCGAAGAGCAGGAGAAAGAUGAGAGUCCCUACACUAAGUCCGCCAGCCAGACAAAACCACCUGAUGGAGCAUUGGCUGUGAGGAGACAGAGCAUCCCAGAGGAAUUUAAAGGUUCCACAGUUGUGGAAUUAAUGAAGAAAGAAGGCACUACUUUAGGGCUUACAGUGUCGGGUGGAAUCGACAAGGAUGGCAAACCAAGAGUGUCCAACCUUCGACAAGGAGGAAUUGCUGCCAGAAGUGAUCAAUUAGAUGUGGGCGACUACAUCAAAGCUGUGAAUGGAAUCAAUCUCACCAAAUUCCGCCAUGAUGAGAUCAUCAGUCUGCUGAAGAAUGUUGGAGAAAGAGUCAUUCUCGAAGUGGAGUAUGAACUCCCUUCUAUCUCUGUACAAGGAUCUGGUGUUGUAUUCCGAACGGCAGAGGUUACUUUACAUAAAGAAGGGAACACUUUUGGCUUCGUAAUACGAGGUGGAGCACACGAUGACAGAAAUAAAUCUCGUCCUGUUGUAAUAACAUGUGUUCGACCUGGAGGGCCUGCUGACAGAGAAGGCACAAUCAAAGCUGGUGACAGGCUGCUGAGUGUGGAUGGAAUCAGGCUUGCUGGUAACACACACGCUGAAGCAAUGAGUAUUCUCAAACAGUGUGGGCAGGAAGCGACGCUGGUGAUAGAAUAUGAUGUCUCAGUAAUGGAUUCAGUGGCAACAGCCUCUGGGCCACUGCUUGUUGAAGUUGCCAAAACUCCUGGUUCCAGCCUUGGUGUUGCACUGAGUACCUCAAUGUGCUGUAAUAAGCAGGUCAUCAUCAUUGACAAAAUCAAAUCUGCAAGUAUUGCUGACAGAUGUGGCGCAUUGCAUGUUGGAGAUCAUAUUCUUUCUAUCGAUGGAACUAGCAUGGAAUAUUGCACAAUGGCAGAAGCAACACAAUUCCUUGCCAAUACUACAGACCAGGUCAAACUUGAGAUCCUUCCCUAUCACCAGACUCGAGUAGCACUGAAAGGACCUGACCAUGAUAAAGUUCAGAGGAGCAACGGGCAACUUACCUGGGAUUCCUGGGCCAACAACCACAGCAGGCUACUCACCUAUCACCAUUAUAAAACCUACCUACCUGAUCAUUGCAGAAUGGCAUCCUGGAAAUUCCAGAAACCACUUCCACCGAAAAACACUCCAGCUAUGGUGUCUUCAUCCAUCUCUCCUACCUCCAUGAGUGGCUAUAGCCUGAAUUCCCUGAACACGGGCACAUUACCUCGAGGCGUCUACACCACCAGUCCACGUGGAACUAUGAUGAGGAGGAGACUGAAAAAGAAAGACUUCAAAAGCUCACUGUCUUUGGCCUCCAGUACCGUUGGGUUGGCUGGUCAGGUAGUCCACACUGAAACUACAGAAGUAGUGCUGACAGCUGAUCCUGUCAUGGGAUUUGGGAUACAGCUCCAAGGCAGCGUAUUUGCCACUGAGACUUUGUCUUCUCCGCCACUGAUUUCCUAUAUUGAAGCUGACAGCCCAGCAGAAAGGUGUGGAGUACUGCAGAUUGGAGACAGAGUGAUGGCAAUCAAUGGAAUUCCCACUGAAGAUAGCACAUUUGAGGAAGCCAGUCAACUUCUCCGAGAUUCCUCUAUCACCAGCAAGGUCACUUUGGAAAUAGAGUUUGAUGUUGCAGAGUCUGUAAUUCCAAGCAGUGGAACAUUUCAUGUGAAGCUGCCCAAGAAACAUAGUGUGGAGCUUGGAAUCACCAUAAGCUCACCGGCGAGUAGAAAACCAGGAGAUCCCUUAGUUAUUUCAGAUAUCAAGAGAGGCAGUGUGGCUCACAGAACCGGGACCCUGGAACUUGGGGACAAACUUCUGGCCAUCGAUAACAUCCGACUAGACAACUGCUCCAUGGAAGAUGCUGUUCAGAUUCUCCAGCAGUGUGAAGAUCUUGUGAAGCUCAAAAUCCGUAAAGAUGAAGAUAAUUCUGAUGAGCAGGAGAGUUCCGGGGCCAUUAUUUACACGGUGGAGCUCAAGCGCUACGGAGGCCCCCUGGGCAUCACGAUUUCGGGCACAGAGGAGCCUUUUGAUCCCAUCAUUAUCUCCAGUCUCACCAAAGGAGGACUAGCAGAAAGAACUGGUGCAAUCCACAUUGGCGAUCGAAUCCUAGCCAUCAACAGUAGUAGCUUGAAGGGAAAACCUUUGAGUGAAGCCAUUCAUUUGUUACAGAUGGCAGGAGAGACUGUCACCUUGAAAAUUAAGAAGCAGACAGAUGUCCAUUCAGCAUCAAGUCCCAAGAAAUUCCCCGUUCCCAGUCAUUUAAGUGAGCUGAGUGAUGUAGAGGAUGAAACAUCUACUCCACAGAAACCAGGCAAACACUCCGACAUUUACUGCGCUACAGCACCCAGCGUGGACAGUGCUGUUGAAUCAUGGGAUAGCUCUGGUAUGGAUACCAGCUAUGGAAGUCAAGGCCCUGGCCUCCAGGCUUCAGGAUCCAAUUUCAAUGCAUUUGAAUGGAGAAAUCCUAAACAAAGAAGUGGUUUGUCCCCAACAAGCAAGACACUGAAUCAAGAAGUGGAUCUGAGUGAUUAUGAAUGGGAAAGACCAACAACUAGUGGCUUUCCAGGAACCCACAACAAUGUUGAUGGGGAACAGGAAGAGAAUUUCUGGUCUCAGGCGCUGGAGGACUUAGAAACCUGUGGACAGUCAGGAAUCCUAAGAGAGCUCGAGGAGAAAGCGGACAGGCGUCUGUGUUUGAGAAACAUGACUCUCUUGGCAACAAUCAUGCUGGGGAGCACGCUGAGCUUGAAUCACGAGGCGUCUGCACCAUCCCGCAGCCAAUUAGGACGUCAGGCCAGUUUCCAGGAACGGAGCACAUCCCGGAGCCACUAUAGCCCAGCAACUCGAAGCAACACCCUGCCCAUCGACAUGGGUAGGAAGUCUCUCCCCACGAGAAAAAUCAAGCAAGAAAUCAAAGAGAUCAUGUCCCCAACUCCUGUAGAACUGCACAAGGUAACCUUGUACAAGGAUUGUGACAUGGAAGACUUUGGAUUCAGCGUAUCAGAUGGGCUGCUGGAAAAAGGAGUAUAUGUUAAAAAUAUUCGCCCGACUGGACCAGGAGACCUAGGUGGCUUAAAGCCUUAUGACAGGCUCUUACAGGUUAACCACGUCCGUACAAGAGACUUUGACUGCUGCCUCGUCGUGCCCCUCAUAGCAGAAUCUGGCAAUAAAUUGGACCUGGUUAUUAGCAGAAAUCCCUUGGCUUCUCAGAAGGUGGUCUCAGAUCAACAACGUACUUUACCUGGUGGAGAAUGGGGUGACCAGAACAGAGCUUUCUUUCAACAGACUGGACAUGGUGGUAGUCUGGAGACGCGAGAACCCACUAAUACAUUAUAGCAAAGAUUUGUUUUUUUAUAAAAUGACAGAGGACAAUAUAUACAUGGUGCUAAAAAAAAAAUCCCUUUGAGAUAUCUGUGACAUUUGAGGCACAGAUCAAUCGUGGCAUUAAUUGUAAAGCACAGGGACUUUUAAAUGUCUCUCAUGGCUCAUGUUCACUAUUCUUUUAAAAUUGGAAUUUUUCUGGUGAUCACUAUGAUAAAUGGCAGGCCAAGCCCAAUGAUAGAGCAAAAAAGAUAGCAAAAAUAGGUAGAUCUUUUCUUCCCUUCCAUUAAUAAACUAAAGGAUCUUUUAAAAAGUCAAUUUCAUAUUUUCAUCAUAAUAUGACUGGUUUUGAGAAAGGGAAAAAAAAAACCCUCAUUUUCUAAAAUCUAUCCUUUAUGACAGUUAUCUUAUAAUUCACUUUUAAACCAGCUGGUUACUGGGUCUUAAUGUAACAGAAAGCUGUGUGAACAAGGCUCUUUGUAAAUUUAGCUUUAUUAUGGGUAGUGUUUUGUGAACUCUUGGUCUGCUACAAUGGGAGGGGUACAGAUAUGAAAUUAAAUUAUAUUAAAGUAUUUCCACAAACAUGCACGUAAGAGGCUAUGGUAGGUGGUGAUGAAAUGUAUUGCCCAAGUAUAGGAACAAUUUUACUAGGAUAUAUGUUAUUCCCUAUGCAAGAAAAUACUAAACAGGUCAUGUCUUGGGACCUGUAACUUUUCUUUCUUUUUUUCUUUUUUUUUUUUUUUGAAAGAAUGGGGUUUAUUUCUUAAGUAGCUGAAAACUUCUGAAAAAGGGACUAUAGUACGCUAAAAACUCAAUCUGAGGGUGUUUUGUUAAGUUCAUUUGUUUUUCUUUUUUAAAAACUUAAGUAUCUGUAACAAAGAAUAAAGUGUAUUCAAAGUGUAUUCAACUUAAUGCCAGGCAAAUCAAAUUCAUAUCACUACAUAUGUUGUUUUGACAGAUUGAGGGGCGUAUAGCACAUGUAUUUAGGAAUUCCACUGAAAUAUAUUUUGUUCUGAGCCAUGCCACUUAUAGAGAUUGUAAAUACAUUUUACAAAAUACAUUGCCAAUUCCUACCACCCCUCAAAGCAAUAAAUGGUGACAAUUGCUUCUUAUCCCCCUGAGCAACUCUUUUCACUUGUUCAGAUAUUUUGAGUAAUCACCAUAAUCACUGUUAUCUGUUAAAUAUAAAAACAAAAUUUAACUAGAUCUAUAUAUUGACUAUAGAAUCUUCAUUAAUGAAAUAGCCAUUUUCUAACCCUUUUGAUUUGGGUUAAAAAUUCAAACACCAUUUAGACAAAGUAAAACUAUCUUCUUUAACCCAUAUUUCCAUGAAAAACUUCACCUUCCUUUUGUGUACACACAAAUGUUUUCCUUCAUUCAACACUGCCAGGGCAAGAAAAGAAAAUUUAAAGCAGAAUCAUGUCUGAAAGAAUCAUGAGUCACUUAAAUAUGUAUUUUUAUUUGUAUCAAACAAGUAUUAAACUGUAAAGUAUUUUUGUACAAAUUUAAUACUUUAAUAGCAUGAUAUUUAUCGUCUAUGUAUGAUUUGGGGAGCUCAGAAUUGUUGCAAAUUUGUAUGAAAAAAAUCAAAUUGUACACAGUGGAAUAAACAAUAAUUUAAAAAAGACAAAGUAUGACAUUCAGUAUAAACUACCCGAGAUCUAAAUCCACUUUGGUCAUAUUGGAUAAAAUGCAAAACUAAGUUCCUUUACAUGAAUGAGGUUUAAAAACCAAAUAAUGCAGGACUUCUAAAAUUCUAGUUCAAAAAAGUAUUUUAUAAUACAGAUAUCUAUGGUAAACCAUGAAAGUUGACCAAAAAAAAAAAAAAAAAAAAAAAUGG